GACGCGGUGGCUCUGGGGUGCAAGAUGGUGGGCGGCGGGAGCGACGGCACGCUGGACGUGUGCGCGCGCGUCUGCGUCGUCGACGAGCACGAGGCCGUCCUCUACGAGAGCUUCGUGAAGCCCCUCAUCGCGGUGACGCACUACCGGUACGAGACCACCGGCAUCCGCCCCGAGCACCUCCGCGACGCGCCCACGGUGAAGCAGACCAUGACGCGGGUGCAGGACAUCCUCCUCAACGGCGACCGGUCCUACUCCUACUCUCCCUCCCGCGGCGCCGCCCGGCUCCUCGUCGGCCACGGGCUGGAGCACGACCUCGACGCGCUCGGCAUGGACUGCCCGGCGCACCUCAAGCGGGACACGGCGACGUACCCGCCGCUGAUGAAGACGAGCGCCAGGCUCAUGAGCAACUCGCUGCGGUAUCUCACGCGGAGCUGCCUGGGCUAUGACAUACAGACCGGCGGCCACCAUCACCCCUACGACGAUUGCGUGGCCGCCAUGCGGCUCUACAAGAGGAUGCGCGCCAUGAGGCACCUGCACCUGCACGGCCGGCCCAAGUAUGGUCACGAUGAUGAGUCCACGGCCAAGGCCUUCCCGGCGUGGAGGCAGCGAGAGCUGGAGCGCAUGUCGCCGGAGGAGCUCCUCGGGAUGUCCAAGCCCGACUACCAAUGCUGGUGCCUCGACGAUGACCGGCAAUAA